AUGACAAAAUCGGAGAAAGCUGACACGAUCACCCCGGCACCUGCCCGGAGUAGUGAUAGCAUUGACAACGGCAAAGUGGACCAAGAUGACGCUUUCGAAGUUUUCAAGCGAAGCGAGGGCACAGUUGACUUCAGAACGGUGACCUGGGUUCAUGCUUCAGUCAUCUUUCUCAAAGGCAAGUACACCACAGUUCUCUCGUUGUCCGUCAUCUUCGCCACCGGUGUGCUGACUAUUCCGUCUGCCAUGUACGUCCUGGGGGCCCUUCCAGGUGCUAUCAACGUCCUGGGCUGGCAAUUUCUGAACACGUACUGCGCCAUCGUUCAGGGCAACUUCCGCAACAAUCAUGCUGGCUGCCACUCCAUUGCAGACAUGGCUCAGGUUGUUGGAGGCAACUGGCUCAAAGAGGUUGUCGGCGUCUUGUUCCUCGUCACAUAUGCCAUUGUCGGUGCCUCUGGUGUCUUUGGCACUUCCGUCGCGUUGAACGCUCUAUCCAGCCAUGCCAUCUGCACCAACUAUUUCAUGGCGGUCGCCACAAUCUCCGUCUUCAUCCUCGCCAGCGCACGCAAGUUCGAGAAGAUUGCCUGGCUGACCUGGAUUGGAUUCUUCUCCGUCUAUAUUGCAGUCUUCAUCGUUGUUGUCGGUGUAACAACCCGUGACCGGCCCGCGACAGCUCCUCAAACAGGAGACUUCGAACUCGGAUACCAUGUCAUCGGUAACCCAACAUUUGUGACUGGAAUCACCUCUGUGGCCACAAUCUUCUGCUCUGGUGCCGGUACUUCCGCUUUCCUGCCCGUCAUCUCCGAAAUGCGCAAGCCCCGAGACUACAACAAGGCCGUUUACCUCUGCAUGUCCAUUGUUACCGCCUCCUAUCUCACCUUCUCUCUCGUGGUAUACCGCUGGUGUGGUCAGUGGGUUGCCUCCCCGUCUCUUGGAAGCGCUGGUGAUACUCUCAAGAAGGUGGCUUACGGCAUCGGUCUGAUGGGACUUCUCGUCAGCGCCUGUCUGUACGUCCACGUCGCUGCCAAAUACCUCUUUGUUCGCAUUCUUCGCAACUCGGAGCAUCUGCAGAAGAACAGCUUGGUGCAUUGGUCUGUCUGGCUCGGCUGCACUCUGAGCAUGUCCAUCGUUUCUUUCCUCCUGGCAUCCGGUGUCCCCAUCUUCAACUACCUUCUGGCACUCGCCGGCAGCCUGACCUUUGCCCCUCUGGCUCUUGGACUCCCCGGCUAUCUCUGGAUCUUCGACCACCAGCACUAUCGCAAGGGCAACUGGUGGCAGGUCACCGUCUACUAUCUGAACUGGCUCAUGAUCGGACUCGCCGUCUUCUUGACCAUUGGUGGUACUUAUGGUGUUGUUCAGAACAUCAUCGAUGCCUAUGCCAGCGGGCAGAUCGACCGUGCAUUCUCAUGCGCUGAUAACAGCGGCUCUUCCUAG